CAAAUCCAACAAGACUAUGACAUGGGGCAAGAAAAUGGAUCCUCCACCACUGAUUUUGUUCUCCUAGGCCUCUUUUCUGACUCCAGGCAUCCAGGCCUCCUCAUAGCCAUUGUUCUUCUCAUUAUGGGGGUGGCCAUCACUGGGAACUCAGCCUUGGUCCUCUUGAUUUGGAGUGAUACCCACCUCCACACACCAAUGUAUUUCCUACUCAGUCAGCUCUCCCUCAUGGACCUCAUGCUAAUCAACACUACUGUCCCCAAAAUGAUCACUGACUUCUUCUCUGGACAUAGAGAUAUCACUCACAUUGGAUGUGGAGCUCAGAUUUUUCUUUACUUGAUGCUAGGAGUGGCUGAGUGUAUUCUUCUAACUCUCAUGGCCUUUGAUCGCUACUUGGCCAUCUGUAACCCUCUCAGAUACCCAGUCAUCAUGACCCCUAGAGUCUGUGUGAAAAUGGCCUCAAGUUCCUGGACUGGAGGUAUAGUAGUCUCCCUCAUGCAUGCAGUUUAUGCCAUGCAUUUUCCUACCUGUGGAGCCAAAGAAAUUCACCAUUUUUUCUGUGAAGUCAUGGCACUUCUGAAACUGUCUUGUGAAGACACUUCAACUUAUGAGAAAGUGGUGCUGGUGUCAGGUAUUGUUUUCCUUCUCAUCCCUUUUGGACUCAUCCUGACAUCUUACAUUCUUAUCUUCCUCACGGUCCUGCACAUGAACUCUCCUGAAGGCAGAAACAAAGCUCUGGCUACCUGUUCUUCCCACCUCAGUGUGGUGAGUCUCUACUUUGGUCCAGCCAUGAUUAUCUACAUGACUCCAGGUUCCUUCCUUCCUGUUGAAAUGGACCAGAAUCUCUUUGUAUUUGAUGUAAUUGUCACCCCCAUGCUUAAUCCCCUCAUUUAUAGCUUGAGGAAUCGAGAGGUGUUGGAGGCUGUGAAGAAGAUUUUAUGCAGAAAGUUAAUGUUUAAGCAGAAAUGA